CUUCUUGAGAGAGUGCUUGAAGAAUCUGGUGAUGAUCUGGAUUCAGCUAUCAGGAGUCUUAAUGAGCUAUGCUUGGGGUCUGCUGAGAACCUGGGCUAUGCUGCAGCCAAAUCUGCUGCCACACCGGAAGCAAAUGUUCAAUUCUCAACUUCAGAUAUUUUGACGAGCAAUGGUGAUGCUCCAGCAGCUGAGGAUCCAUUGCAUUCACAAGACCUCCCCGUGGAUGGAGCAGACUGGGUGGAACUCCUUGUCAGAGAAAUGAUGAGUUCCUCCAAUAUGGAUGAUGCCAGAGCCCGGGCCUCCAGAGUGCUUGUGGUGUUGGAGAAGUCCAUUUGUGCACGUGCAACAAUAGAUGCAGCCAAGAGCUUCCAGCAGGAGAAUAUCCUGCUAAAGCAACAACUUGAAGUGCUGAUCCAGGAGAAUACUGUUCUAAAGCGAGCAGUCUCUAUUCAACAUGAGCGACAGAAGGAAUUUGAGGAUAGGGGCCAGGAAGUACAUCACCUGAAGCAGCUGGUGACUCAGUAUCAGGAGCAGUUGAGAACUCUUGAGGUCAACAACUAUGCUCUUUCAAUGCACCUCAAGCAGGCUCAGCAAAGCAACUCCAUCCCUGGCCAUUUCCAUCCCGAUGUCUUUUAG